UUCCGUGGGUUUCUGCCUGCCCCCGUCACAUCCUUGCCUAUAUAAGCCCGGGCUCUCUCUUUCUACUGCAUUUCUGCCUUGUGUCUGACUCCUCAUCCUCAGUCGAAGGACAAGCAGACAAAAUGCGUGAGUGUAUUUCUAUGCACGUUGGCCAAGCCGGAGCCCAAAUGGGCAAUGCAUGCUGGGAGCUGUAUUGCCUGGAGCAUGGGAUUCAGCCUGAUGGACAAAUGCCUUCGGACAAGACCAUUGGAGGAGGAGACGAUUCCUUCAACACCUUCUUCAGUGAGACAGGAGCAGGAAAACAUGUUCCCAGAGCCAUCUUUGUUGACCUGGAACCCACUGUCAUUGAUGAGGUGCGCACAGGAACUUAUCGUCAGCUCUUCCACCCUGAACAGUUGAUCACAGGAAAGGAGGAUGCUGCCAACAACUACGCCCGUGGACACUACACCAUUGGCAAAGAGAUCAUUGAUCUUGUUCUCGACAGAACACGGAAACUAGCUGAUCAAUGCACGGGCCUGCAGGGUUUUCUAAUUUUCCACUCCUUUGGUGGAGGCACUGGUUCUGGUUUCACCUCCCUGCUGAUGGAGAGACUCUCUGUUGACUAUGGGAAGAAGUCCAAACUUGAGUUUGCCGUCUACCCUGCUCCCCAGGUCUCCACAGCUGUAGUGGAGCCUUACAACUCCAUUCUGACCACCCACACCACCUUGGAGCACUCUGACUGUGCAUUCAUGGUGGAUAAUGAGGCCAUCUAUGACAUCUGCCGCAGGAACCUUGACAUUGAGAGACCCACCUACACCAACCUGAACAGGCUGAUUGGUCAGAUAGUCUCCUCCAUCACAGCCUCACUUCGUUUUGAUGGCGCUCUGAAUGUUGAUCUGACCGAGUUCCAAACUAACUUGGUGCCGUACCCUCGUAUCCAUUUCCCUCUGGCCACCUAUGCGCCAGUCAUCUCUGCUGAGAAAGCCUACCAUGAGCAGCUGUCUGUGGCUGAUAUCACCAAUGCCUGUUUUGAGCCGGCCAAUCAGAUGGUGAAAUGUGAUCCUCGCCAUGGCAAAUACAUGGCCUGCUGUCUGCUGUAUCGUGGUGAUGUGGUCCCUAAAGAUGUCAACUCUGCCAUUGCCGCUAUCAAGACCAAGCGCACCAUCCAAUUUGUAGACUGGUGUCCCACAGGCUUCAAGGUGGGCAUCAACUAUCAACCUCCAACUGUGGUUCCAGGAGGAGACCUGGCCAAGGUGCAGAGAGCCGUGUGCAUGCUGAGCAACACCACAGCCAUAGCUGAGGCCUGGGCUCGACUUGACCAUAAGUUUGACCUCAUGUAUGCCAAGAGAGCCUUCGUCCACUGGUAUGUUGGUGAGGGUAUGGAGGAAGGAGAGUUCUCGGAGGCGAGAGAAGAUAUGGCUGCUCUGGAGAAAGAUUAUGAGGAGGUUGGCACUGACAGCAUAGGAGAGGAGGAUGAAGAAGGAGAAGAAUAUUAAGGGGUUUGACUUCCCCAAGCAUUCCAGAUAUUUCAAAAGUUACACAUUCACUGUGACAUUCUGAAUGGUGAAAUGCCAGGGUUAUCAAUAAAGGUUUGAAUGAAAAUUCA